CUCCUUUUAUAAAGCCUGUAAGGUUUGAAUCAGGGUAUAAAAACUCAAAACAUCAAACACGGAAAGGAGAAGGAAAUAGUCAUCGAUAUACUAUAACCAACACACCGAGCAACAAACCAACAGCUGAGAAAUAACUUAAACAUCAUGCCAAGAAGGAAGGACAUUGUAAAAGGGGGUGCUCCUAUACAGAGAAUUCGAGAAAACUCGAGACUUAUGCGCACCCACGAAACAAUGGUGGAUUAUAUAAAUGGACGUCAUCCUAAUGACUCCAUCAUGAAUGUCUUAACCUCUGGUUUAUUUGGUCUAGAUUUUAGAUCCUACGACCUGCAUGACGACAUCAUAUAUUCCGACGAGGACGAUGAUGAAGAUGAUGAUGAUUCUUUUUAUUCACACAUGGCUGCUCACAGGCCUUUAGCACCACAUCCGCGAAUUACACAACUCACUGACGAGGAGGCUGAUAAACAUGCAAAGGAACUGAUAGCAGAAGAGGAGCGGCGUAAGGAGAAAACAGAGAAGAACAAGCGUAAAAAAAUGCGUAAAAAAGAGAAGAAACGACUAGAGAAGGAGAAUGCAUCUAAAGACAUUUUACCUGAGGAAGAACAAGGCAAGUCCGACUCCUCAGAAAAUAAGGAACAAAAUCCUAUUUUUGAAAGUAAUGCAGAAGCAAAUGAAUUUCCUGAAUGUGGUAAAACUCAAAAUGGACCCGCGGCUGCUGGAGGUGACGGAAGCAGUGGUAAUAAUAUAGAAGAAGAAAAUCUUGUGAAAAUGAAUAAGAAAGAAGAUGAGGAGCAAAAGGAUUUGGAUUUAAAUAAUUCAUGUGCUUCUACUGCUAAAUCGGUGCCUGAGGAGACGUGUAACCAAAAGCCUGCAAAAGACAGAAAAAAGGAAAAAAGUAAAUUACCCGAAACUCAGCUGCUCAAAGAGGAAAAACCAAAAAUUGUGGAAAAACCUGAAGUCCAAAAGAAUCAGGAGGAGAAACAUGAACCCAGUAAAGAGAAAACAAUAGAUCCAACUGCAGAGGAGUAUGCAAGAAGAAGCAGAGAACUGGCUGCUACAGGAAAUCGUCUGGCUGCCUCUCGUCAGUAUGACAUGGCAGUGAAGUGCUUUACAGACGCAAUUAAAUUCAACCCAAAGGAAUUUAGGUUGUUUGGAAAUCGGUCCCUCUGUUAUGAAAGACUGCAGCAGUAUGAAAACGCUCUCAGGGAUGCUGAUCUAGCACUCUCCAUGGAGCCAAACUGGAUAAAAGGUUUAUUUAGGAAGGGGAAAGCUCUGUGCGGGCUCAAGAAAUACUAUGAGGCCUCGCUGAUCUAUAGGGAGGUGUUGAAUCUGGACAGUUCGAGCGCUGAAGCCACGCAAGAGCUCAAACGAGCGCAGACAUUGCACCUCAUGGAAAUGGGCUUCACCUGGCCACAGAGCACCGAGGCCUUGAGAGCUCACGCCACAUUAGAGGAAGCCGUUGACGCUCUGUUUGCUGGCGACAGUAACCAGUGUCCUCCAGACGCCGGUGCCAGUUGGGACAACGCAGAACAACCAGUGGUGCAGGAAGAAGUUGAGGAUGAGGGAGAGUGGAUUGUCCUACAAGCGAGCCGUCCUCGAAUGCAGCAGGUCAGAGAUUUCGACGCCCUGGUCCACAGCCGAUCGAAAUCUCAGUCGCCAACCCCUCAUUCAAGGAAUUCUGUGAAACCGGAGCUUUUCUCCAUUUGGGUUGGAUCCUUGGCUCCUGCUGUCACCUACGCAAUACUUCACGAGCUCUUCAGCAGAGUCGGGGCAGUCUACAGCAUCAAGAUGCUGCUGGAACAUCAAUGUGCCUUUGUGAACUACACAAGAAAGGAAGACUGUGACAGAGCCAUUCAGUGUUUUAAUGGAAUGGUGGUAGAAGGGGCUCCACUAGCUGUAAGAUAUCCCAGUAGAGGCCACAAUGGACUGGGCAUGUCCAAAUCAGCUGCCAACGACCCCUUUUCACGUCCUGGCCCAUACAAGAAGGAGUGCUUUUUCUGGAGGACCACGGGCUGCACGAGGUCGGAUUGCACUUUCAGACACGUCCCAGAGCACAAGAACAUCGACAAGGAGAAAUUCACCGGUCGACUGGGUCAUAUCAACAUGUAGGAAAUCAAAAAUGCCAAGAAAAAGCUGAGGUUUGACACUGUGGUGGUGCCAACCCGGGCUGUUUAUAGUUGCCUCUGUUUUGCUCUUGGCUUUGGUUCUUGUGACGGUUCGACUGCAAAAAAAAAAGAAAAAGAAAAAAAGAAAACUUGUGUUUGACAUUCUGUUGCAGUUUCGAAAGUUUUUGCACUUUGACGGCCCACCACUGUUGCAUGAAUACAAAGGACACACCAAAAUGCAUCAAUGCUACUGUAUUAUAGUAAUAAUUCAUGUGCCUUUUUAUAGAUACAUUUAAUAUGUGCAUCAAGCUUCCUUUGCAAUUUUGUCAGGGAUUAUUUAUGAUCUGAUCUGUUUAAAGAUUGUGUUUAAAACUCCUGCUUUUUACUUCAUUGCAUUUUGAAAAUAGAAUUAACAGAUAUUUCUGUUGACUUUCAGUCACCACCAGGUGGCAGCAUUGCUUUUAUCCCUUAACUUUAGGGAAAGAAACUGUUCUGCUUUAAUUUUAAAGGCUGUGAUUGAUGAGUAGUUAUGCUGUAGGCACAUUUAUUGUGCCAUGUUUAAUUUUUGAAUCUGUGAAUAAGACUGCUGGGUUUGUUUUGUGUGUGGGGUGACUAAUGGUUCAGUUGUGUGCGUUAUGUAUAAAUUUUGAAUUGCCCAGUCUGGGAUCUGAUCUGUUUAAGUUGAGUGAUGUUUGGACACAAUCUGUCGUACAACAAGUGCCCUUUAGUAGCACAAUGGCUGCAGUUUUUAUCACGGAUGAGCCCAGAGGGAAUUAAAGCCUCAACUGUGAGUGUUUUAAUGUCAUGUCAUGCACAUUAAUAUAUAUACAGUACAAAACCAAAGACUGGGAGUAGGUGGAAUAGUAUAGAUAAGCCUGGAUAUGACUCACUACACAGAAUAAUGAAGUCAGUCUCAAGGCUAAAGCACGAUUCAUGAGCAGGAGUAUUCAAGCCUCAGUGUGCACCUCGGUAUAAUUUGAGAUAUCACUGUGAGGGAAGAAGAAGGCAGGAAUUGAGAGUGAGAGAGACUGUGGCUCUUUGCCGUCCCAUCACCAAAACACCACCAGAUUAAUCCGGGCAGCAGCUGUGUAUCCUGUUGCAGUGUCCUUGAGUGAGAAGCCCUCCAGUCUUAGGUUAGCCUGAGUUUUAGAGUGCCAGUUAAAAGCCUGAAAAGUAACUAUUGUCCCUGAGAUUUUAUCUUAAGCGAGUCCCUCUAAGCCUAAAAUGCCUCGUUUCAUUCUCCCUGACUGUGUCUCCUCGCCGUUAAUGUGGGUGGGAUUUGUGUAGAUCCCUCUCUGCUAAAGCCCAGCAGGUUUGUUAUUUGACUCAAACAGUUCAAGGUCACUGUAGUGACUCCUGUUACGCAGUGUUUGGGGUGUGAAUUACAAAACCCUCCCAAAGAGCUGAAUAAUUACCUAAAAACGAGGUUGGAGCAGAGAAAAAAAGUUGAGGCGUUUUAGCUGUGAAAAGCGCUUAGUCUCGACCUUACAGGCAGAGCAGCUGUACUAGUGGGCAUUAAUUGGCUGAUGGUGGCAUACCUCACAAAGCCCUUUUGAUCUGUGUGAGAUCUGAGAGCAUGAAAGGCCUGUAACACUAAUAACAUGAACUCUGGUUGAACCCAUAGGCAGCACUGGGACAUGUGGUUGAUAUAUUACCAACCUACAAAAUGGGUCUAUAUUUAAUCUUAUUGGUUUGCUUGGCUUUGCCCCACUAGAAACCUGUUCAAAUGUAGAUAAAGACAGAUAAGAGCUUACGGUUCACAAACUGGCUGGAAUCAACAUCCCACCACUCUGGGCCGGACGAAGCCAAUCCCUUAUUUAACCAAAGCAAACACCAGGAAGAUUAAGUGCAUCUUGUUAAAAGGCUGCCUGGUUUGUAGAGCUUUUAACAGAUUUCUCUUUUCUCUCUCCCUACCAACAGGAGGGGGGGGGGGGCAUAGUAACAGAAAUUAAAAAGCGGACAUGACAUGUUGCUCUCCCACUCUUUGCUUUGUGAUAUAUGACUAUGCAGCAAAAACCCUCCUCACUCCUCCUGAGACGUUUUCAGUCACAGUAAUUGAAUUCUUUUAGCGCAGGGGUACAUAAUCAAAUUUUUAUUCUAAUUCUGUGGUUUCCCUCCGCUGGUAAAUAAACUAUUGAUGUGACAAGAGGGAGUAGCUGAGUCACGCUGUAUAUCAACAGUCUGUUUUGCUUCUCAGGAAGCCAAAAUAAAUGCUCCACUGCAGGUUUGCAGCUGCUCAGCUUACAGGCCUCUGCUCGAACCUCAUAACCUCUCCUGCAGAGCUGCUGCUGUUUGACUGUCCUCUUUAAAGGAGUGACACUUCAAACAGGUCAGUGUGUGGAUUUUGGAGAAACACACCAAAGUUUUUGUUGUUUUUGUUCCACAUUUAAUUUACCUCAAAAUGAUUGCAGGGACAUUGCAAUGUAAAGGCAUCAUCAUUUGGACGUGCACUUGUGAUUACAACACACCCACACAGUCCUGAAGAUGAUUACUUGGGUUUCUAUCUUAAUUAAUAGUUAAUAGUGUGUUUUUCUUUCCCGUAAGCUUGAAUUUAUUUAAAAUGAUAUAGAGAAAUACUCUAGAUUUCUUUUUUAACACAUACAAAAAGACACUCUUGCUGUUUUUCAUCAGAGCUAUCCUCACUUUUCCCAGAUAAAACGUUUGAAGAAUUUAAUUUCAGAAUAUUAAUGUUUAAGUUUGUUGCUGUCAUUCAUAUUUACCCAGAAAUGUCUUUUUAAAUUAUUGAUCAUCUUGGUGUUUUGUAAAAGUGAUCCAUAUUGUGCUUUGUUCAAAAUGUAGAUAAAUAAUUUUGGAUGAAAUGAUGGCGUCUGCAGGUCGUAAAGAGCGCGAUAACUGAGAUCAACAAGAUGUUGUGAUGGAGGACUCACACAAUGGGGAGGCAUCUGGUUCUCUGCAGUCUCUUCCCAACCCUGGCUGGAUUCCUUUGUUGUUCUGUGAAAUGAAUACAGUAAUUGUCACAAUGAGAAAUUGACCUUCCUUUUAAUCUAGACAGAGGCCCCCUUAACAAGUUAAAAUAGCACAAACCCAAUUAGGGAAUUGAUUGCUUGCUUUCAUUUCUCUCAUUUGCAUCAGGGUCAUAUAGAGAAGAUAAAUUAAUGGCUAGUCUUUUGUCCACACUGUCAUUCCUUGCUUGCGGAGUAUCUAAUGCUAAGAAAUGAGCAGGAGAGUCUUUUGUCUCCCCCUUGACGAACUCAUGCUGAUAAUCUGCUGUACAGAACAUUAAAAAGUUGUCACUCUUUCA